AUGGAUCUCCUUCCGAACCAUCUUGAAGUUUAUCCUAUUGUUAUUCUUCUAUGUCAAGCCUUUGACCUUGCCUCACACCCAACUACUCAAACAGAAUAUCUCAAAGCUUUGAAUACGUUGACGCAUACGCUUGGUAACAUUCCCAAAGCAGAACUUACACGAGAAAGAAUCUGUACUAUAAUAUACAAUUAUAGUACCACGCAGGUACAUCUCGCUAACGACGAGUCGGGUUCAACUAAUUUGAGUUCAACUUCAAUAAGCCCAAUUGGAGGUCUCAAGUCUGGCGUAGACACUCUCCCACCCAAAUCCCAGCCUGUUCUCAACACAUCAACCUUGACGAAGACAUCUGAGACAAUUCCGAGCAAGGUAUGUAAUAUACUUUUAGAUCACUCUUGUUUUGUCUUUUCUUUCCUUCUUUUAUCUUUGAAGAAAAUAAAACUAAUAACCCAUAGUAUUAAUCAUCCUGUCAGCUCGUCAGAAACAAAACGUACGCGAAAAGGAGAGAGGUGAAUUCAAAAUUAGGAAUCUAGAAAACGAUCAAUUACUAACGGGUCCUAGUUCGAGCGAACUUCCACUUGCUUCAAAGGGUAAUACUCUUACUGAAAUUAUUGAAAUAUCGAAUGAUGAAAACGAACAUAGCGACAAUGAUAAGGAUAUGGAUCACGUUAGAUAA